AAAACGCAUACCUCAACCACAGGAGGGUUAGGAAAGAUCAGUCCCUUCGGAUGAUGUCUGGGAAGCCCGAUGCACCACACGACCCCGCCGGCGCCCCACGCGUCCUUCGGGCUCGAGAUCCCUGACGUCCGCCUGGCCCGGCUGACGCGCCAGGCGCUGCUGGCGGCCACCGGAGCGGCGGCGCUGUCCGUGCUCAGCCAGGUCCUGGAGCUCGCCCUGGGGAGCGUUGGGGGCUCUGCCGUCGGCGUGAGCAUCUUCGGCAGCUCGUCGUCGUCCUCCUCCUCCUGGCCCUCCCUAGUCCUGCUCGAUCUCCUCAUCCUCCUCCGCGUUUUCGGUUUGGCGACGGGGCCUUCCAGGCUCCAGGAGCUCGAGGCCCAGUCGGGCCACGAGCUCGUGCGUGUGGACAUCGGACUGUGGUCGUGCAGACGGUGUCGACAGGGCUCUGGUAGGUAGUUUGUGGCGGACUGGUUAGAACGCAC